UGAAUAAAUGCAUUAAAUAAAGCGCAAGGCGCGCGCACACGCACACACACACGCGCGUUAGUGUCCGCUCCCUCGCAGUGAGAGUGUGUGAGUGUCGGGUAAAUAGGCGCUCGUGCUGUGAAGGGGGGAUGGGAUGGGGCCACUGAGAGCUCUCGUGCUCCACUAACUCAGCGCGCUCAUUAAUCCCGGUUUUCUCCUUUAUAUCGAUGCUGUUUUAAACUAAAAUUCGCGUUUCCCGUUACCGCAUGUGUUACGUGGCACCGGAAAAGCAAAAAGUGUCGGCCUGCGAUUGAAUUUUGCUGCAGAAAGCGUUUAAAAUGUAUCCCAUUGGAGCAGCUGGCGCUGCUGAGCUGUGUCAGGGACAUCAGUCUUCAGGGUCAGAUGUUUCUGCUCCCUUGUCUCCUCCAGCGCAAGAGUAUGUCUUUAAACCACCUCAACGGCCAGACUUUGGCACAAUGGGUAGGACAAUCAAGCUUCAGGCCAACUUCUUUGAAAUGGAAAUACCCAAGUUGGAGGUGUACCAUUACGACAUAGAUAUAAAGCCUGAGAAAUGCCCACGGAGAGUUAACCGUGAAAUUGUUGAGCACAUGGUCCAGCACUUUAAAACGCAGAUCUUUGGAGAUCGAAAGCCUGUGUAUGAUGGUCGGAAGAAUCUCUACACUGCCAUGCCUUUGCCCAUCGGAAGAGACAAAGUGGAGCUGGAAGUCACAAUUCCAGGCGAGGGAAAAGACAGGAGUUUUAAAGUAGCUAUCAAAUGGGUGUCCUGUGUGAGUCUGCAAGCUCUACAUGAAGCACUGUCUGGACGGCUACCCAACAUCCCUUUUGAGACCAUUCAGGCUCUGGACGUUGUCAUGAGACAUUUGCCCUCUAUGAGGUACACCCCAGUCGGUCGUUCAUUCUUCACUCCCUCUGAGGGCUGCUCCAACCCCCUCGGUGGAGGAAGAGAAGUUUGGUUUGGCUUCCAUCAGUCUGUUCGACCAUCCCUCUGGAAGAUGAUGCUCAACAUUGAUGUAUCUGCCACUGCAUUCUACAAAGCUCAACCUGUUAUUGAGUUCAUGUGUGAGGUUUUGGAUUUUAAAAGCAUCGAAGAGCAACAGAAGCCCUUAACGGAUUCCCAGAGAGUGAAGUUCACUAAGGAAAUCAAAGGACUGAAGGUUGAAAUCACUCACUGUGGACAGAUGAAGAGAAAAUACAGAGUGUGUAAUGUGACUAGGAGGCCAGCCAGCCAUCAAACAUUUCCCUUGCAGCAAGAGAAUGGUCAGACCAUUGAAUGCACUGUCGCCCAGUAUUUCAAGGAUAAGUACAAACUGGUGCUGCGAUAUCCACAUCUCCCAUGUUUACAAGUUGGUCAGGAGCAAAAACACACCUACCUUCCUUUGGAGGUCUGUAACAUAGUAGCUGGACAGAGAUGCAUCAAGAAACUGACAGACAAUCAGACCUCCACUAUGAUACGUGCCACAGCCAGGUCUGCACCUGACCGCCAGGAUGAGAUCAGCAAACUGAUGAGAAGUGCCAACUUCAACACCGAUCCUUAUGUGCGUGAGUUUGGAGUUAUGGUAAGAGACGAGAUGACUGAGGUCAAUGGUCGGGUCCUUCAGGCACCUUCAAUUCUCUAUGGUGGAAGGAACAAAGCAAUAGCAACCCCGGUCCAGGGUGUGUGGGACAUGAGGAACAAGCAGUUCCACACAGGGAUUGAGAUCAAAGUAUGGGCUAUUGCCUGCUUUGCCCCGCAGAGGCAGUGUACAGAACUUCUUCUGAAAGCAUUUACUGACCAGCUCCGUAAGAUAUCACGCGAUGCAGGGAUGCCCAUUCAGGGCCAGCCAUGCUUUUGCAAAUAUGCCCAGGGAGCAGACAGUGUGGAGCCCAUGUUCAAACACCUCAAGUACACGUACCAAGGCUUACAGUUGGUGGUGGUCAUCCUACCUGGGAAGACUCCCGUUUAUGCUGAGGUGAAGCGCGUUGGAGACACUGUUCUGGGCAUGGCCACCCAGUGUGUCCAGGUGAAGAAUGUACAGAAAACCACACCUCAGACCCUUUCCAACCUCUGCCUCAAGAUUAAUGUCAAACUGGGUGGAGUCAACAAUAUUCUUCUUCCACAGGGCAGGCCCUUGGUGUUUCAGCAACCAGUCAUCUUUCUGGGUGCAGAUGUGACUCAUCCACCAGCUGGAGAUGGCAAGAAACCCUCAAUUGCUGCUGUUGUUGGCAGUAUGGAUGCCCACCCAAGCCGAUACUGUGCCACGGUGCGGGUGCAGCAGCACCGUCAAGACAUCAUUCAGGAUCUAGCCACCAUGGUGAGAGAGUUGCUGAUCCAGUUCUACAAAUCCACACGCUUUAAACCAACGCGCAUCAUCUACUACAGAGACGGAAUUUCUGAGGGCCAGUUCAACCAGGUUCUACAGCAUGAACUCCUGGCUAUUCGUGAAGCCUGCAUCAAGCUGGAGAAAGAUUAUCAACCAGGCAUCACCUUUGUAGUAGUGCAGAAGAGACAUCACACCAGACUCUUCUGCAUGGACCGUAAUGAGCGGGUUGGAAAGAGUGGCAACAUCCCUGCUGGCACCACAGUUGACACCAAAAUUACUCAUCCUUCUGAGUUUGACUUUUAUCUUUGCAGUCAUGCCGGAAUUCAGGGAACCAGCAGGCCGUCCCACUAUCAUGUGCUGUGGGACGACAACCAUUUCACCUCUGAUGAGCUGCAGGUCCUCACCUACCAGCUGUGCCACACCUACGUGCGCUGCACCCGCUCUGUCUCCAUUCCUGCACCAGCCUACUACGCCCACCUGGUGGCGUUUCGUGCUCGCUACCACUUGGUUGACAAAGAACAUGACAGCGCUGAAGGCAGUCACACGUCAGGUCAGAGUAACGGCAGAGACCAUCAAGCCCUGGCCAAAGCUGUGCAGAUCCACCAGGACACACUGCGCACCAUGUACUUCGCCUGAACAUAGCCAGAAACAAGCCCUACAUCCUGAAAACAGCACGACAAAUGAGCAGUGAGCAGCUCUGAGCUGUGAAGAGCGAGUCAGAUUUUCCAAUAGCUCAUUUAUGAAAGGCACGCGAGCUCCGCUUCUGCCCGCUGAGAUAUAAUAGACUGAGUAUGCUGUUGCUCCAGGACAGAAUGAGAAGGACCUGUUUGUCCUGGUGCCUUUCCCUCCUGUUUGUCUGGUACCCAGCGGGCAGCAUAGUGACGGAGCUGGAGCUGGAGGAUUUGGACUGGGAAUGGGGUUCUGGAUUACACGAACUCCUAAACAGCUUUCCAGCCGAUAGCCCGUUUGUCAGAGAGAUGCCUGGCAGGCCGGCCAACUGCACUCAGCGCUUCUGGCUUCCUCCAUCCUCCCCUGUGUGCUGGGAUGAUAUAGCAGGCCCAGAGGAGUUUGAGAAGUCCCGUCUCCUCGUCCUGCAGAACAGGGCGGCACUGCAGGCCGUAUCCACAUCUAGCGGCCUCGAGGAAGGGGGUGCGUCCUACGAUCUGCAGGCCAAGGAGAACAUGCAGGGUGUCCGGGAUGACCAUCUCACCGUGGCCCAGACGGCCGAUACAAUGCAGAAGGUGUUUAUGGAUUUGGAUGAGAAGAGGAAGGAGGGGAAAGAGCAUUACACCUUCUCAAGUCUGAAGGAGCAAAUCGACAACACGAAAGACUCCAUUGCUAAAAAGGAGCAAGUAGCAGCUUUUCUAGAGAAACAUCUUGCCAAUCUGGAGAGGUCUUUGAGCACCAUGCAGCUUCGACUGGACAAACUACUUCCCCAGUAAUUUCACUUGAGCAGCACAACCUUCACGUGUGAAAAUUAAUGCAAUGCAUGCUUUCUUUUACAUUUUAUCAAACAAACGAACCAGACUUGUAUGACCGUGUACUGCAUGCCGACAGCACCAUGUAUUUCUCUUUUGGUACGUAUUUGUUUCCACUCUAUUAAAGUAAAUGGGAUAAAUAUUAGGUAACGGCAAUAAAAUCUAUUUUUAUAC